ACUAUAUAACAAAUUGUAAUAAUUAUAAUUUAUGUGUAGUUGCAAAAUCUGCUACCGUAACUAAAAAAAUCAACUGAUCGCCCCUCCCUGAUGUAUGGAUGUUUGCACGCAAUAUCAUCGGUUCUUUCCCAAUACCAAAAAAGUUGAACGAUUACUAUAAAAAGUAUAAUAGCUGCCCUUUCAAAAAUAUACAAUAACUAAACAAUAUAAUUGAUUGAAGGAUAAUGUCUCUUCAAUUCAAGCCUCCUAGUAAUAGGAAUAGGAAUCUUAAAUACAUUGGUUUGGGUGGCUUAGCAUUAAUUGGAUCUUCUUAUCUAAUUUUGAGUACAUUUCCUCAUUUAAAAACUUCAAUCUAUAAUUACAUCAAUGGGAUAAGUGGGGAAGUUGAAGAAGAUAAUCAAGAAGAAAGAGAGAAAGAACAAGAAGAAAAUGAAUCGCCACAUAAAUCAAAGAAAUCUGCAAAGUUCAGUACUGAGAACGAACCUAUCGAAUUGCAUGAUAGUACAGAUAGUUUAAGAAAUAGUAAAAAACUAUAUGAAUCACUUGAUCAAAGCAUAGUUGAUAUCAAUGAAUGGUCUAAUGAUAAUUUAAAGAGUUGGUUACAAGAAAAAUUAAUUUUCCAGCGAAUACUAAUCAUGAUAACCUUGUAUCCCUUGUUAAGUCAAUUCAGGAGAGUACUAUCCAAUUAUAAUUUAUUAAUAUUUAAUUUCAGUCUAUCUCAGAUCCUUAUGGCUUUAAUCAUGGCAAUAAGAAAAUAUUUAUUAGAUUGAUUAUCUGAAUAAUUAUCUGAAUUUUCAACGACAACUACCUAUCAUACUUAAUAUUUAAUUAAUGCCUUCAUGAAAGCUUUUUAUACUGUUUAAUUCUUAUGUAUUGCCUCUUCUCUAUUUAAUGUACUUAUUUAUUUAAUAUUUAUUUAUUUAAUUUAUUUACUUAAUCUUUAUUGCAGCUGUACAGCAGU